AUGAACUGGAACGGAGAGCAUUAUGCGGGAAUACAACCAACCGAUGUGACCAGGGAGGUGACAGAUCAAGUGUUUCAAGUGAAAAAUAGCCAACUUCAUCUGUCCGGAUUGGUGGAAUGGCAGUUUAAAAAUCUCAACGCUCCCUUUGAAAAGUUGGUUGGUACGAGCAAACGCACCGUGAUGGUCUAUUCGGAUGUGGCAGAAUCCAGCGUGGUAGGGAGUGGCAACUUUCCCCUGUUACGCGAAGUGCAGUUGAUGAGAACAGGCGAUGGACAAAAUACCGUGGAACCCCUGCAUCACCAACGGAUUAAAGUCCGAGGGAAUCAACCGGAAAUCACUGAAGUGGAGAUUGCCACACGCCACGGACCUCUGGCCAUCUUACCCCCUAGGAAAACCAUCGUGACCAUUGGACUCAAACAGCUUUAA